UCAGCACAAUGUGCGUUUUCUCCCACAAGUCAGUAUUGUAACGAGUUAGCAUUAUCAAGUUGUGAAUUUUAAAGCCAGUUACUUUUCUUACGGCAAAAGCUAUGGCUUAUGGACUCCACUGUCUUACUAUUUUACUUUUGUACCUCUGUCUACAAUGCAACCAAGGGAUGGCAAGGCCUCUUCCAGAAUAUACAGGCCAGGGCCUCUCAGAGCAGUCUGAUUUGAAAAUCUUGUCACCUUCAUCUGUCAUUGUGGAUGCAACCAGUGCUCUUGAGGAAAGGACGACUAAACAAACUCAUGACGAGCAAGGCAAGGAUUCAGUCUUAGCUUUCGAGGAAGCCAGUGGUCCCAGUGAAGGUUCGUCUGAUGACUAUGAAUUAUCAAGGGAGUUUAGUGGUGAUGGCUCCUCUUUCAACAUAUCUUCUGAAGAUUCUAUCUCCAGGCCAAGCACUGGAACUGCCAGCCAAACAGAUUCACCCUCAGAGCUGUUUCCUCCCACCGAUGACACUUUGUUUUCUGAUGCAUUGGCUUGGGCCAUAACCAAUGAGGAUGUGGUCGACCAGCUCUUUUUGAGUUUUCAAACUUUUGCAGCUGCCGAAAAGAGAUUUGAACAGGCUAUGGCUAUCACCCAUGCUGAGAUGACUGACUCUGGUUCAGGUGCAAGCAGCCAAAGUGAUCCUGAGAUCGUGGAUAUUGAUAGACCAUUGAUCACUGCCCUCUAUGACGAUGAGGUGGCAGGGUCAGGCGAGAUUGAAGAUGACGCUGCCGCAUCGUACACUGACAUGAUUGACAGAGAUGAAAUCGCCCAUAUCAUUCCUGAACCUGUGCCAACAGCUCGAGGGGAUUGCUUAGGCCAAUGUGGUGAUUCUUCAGUGAAGACCUCACCAACAGAUGACAAUACUGAAUCUCACCUGUUGGUCGCCGCCACAACUACAGGACCCAAAACACAAAUACCUCCCCCAGCUUCAUGGAGUGCCAUCAGAGAUUAUGUGGACUCUUCAGGAUCAGGUGAUAGUUCAGCUCUAGACACUGAUGCUUUAGACGAGAAUACACCUACUGUUGCUGAGACUCAAGUUACUUUUCGAGGUGCGACAGUACUAGACAGACAAGAUGUACCAGCUGAGGGGAACAGCACCAUACCUGUACCAGGUACCUAAGUCAGAUGUUGGAAGUUGAACUCCCAGAUGAUUCAUCACUAUGAUAGCACAGACCAGUGUUUAUGACCAGGAUGAUGGAUAAUUAGUAGAUGAUGUCAGGACAGCAUUAAAAAUUGUGACCUAGAUUCUAGUAUUUUUGUGAAGGGUUGUUUGCAGCUUGAGUUAAUGAUUGAAAGAAUAAAACAGAGAGAUCUGAUAAGUUGGUAUGAAA